ACCACAGACAAGAAAUGUUCAAGAAUAACCCGAAACAUUUGCUGGAGCUAACAAAAACCGAUGCCGAAAAGUGGCUUAACAGCUUCGACACAAUACUCACGGAUUGCGAUGGCGUGCUUUGGCACGAAGGCAUCGCCAUAGAUGGUGUACCCGAAGCUAUCGCAUUGCUGAAGGCGCGCGGCAAACAAAUCUACUUUGUCACCAAUAACGGUAUUAAGACCCGCCGUGAUAUAUGGCAGACAGCGACUUCGAUCGGCUACGACAUACCCGAAACUCGCAUUAUUGCGCCUAUUCAUGCUAUUGUAGAGUAUCUGCAAGCGCGAAAUUUUCGCAAAAAAGUUUACAUCAUCGGCGCUGAAGCUAUAAGGCAGGAGCUAACAGAAGCGGGCAUAGAAAGUUUUGGUCCCGGUCCGGAUAUCCUACAAGGUAAAUUAAGUGACUACAUCGCCCAGCAAGUGGCCGCACAAUCGACUGAUGAGGUUGGCGCUGUCAUUGUGGGUUUCGAUGAGCACAUCACAUUUCCCAAAAUGUUGAAGGCCUCCAAUUUUCUGGGCUCAAAUGCAGCAUGUCUAUUCAUGACUACCAACACCGAUGCGGUACAUCGUUAUCCAGAAUUUCGUAUACCUGGUACGGGUGCGCUUUUGAGUGCCUUGGAAACGACGGUGGGACGUAAGGCGCUGCAGUUUGGUAAACCUAAUCCGGGGAUUUGCGAGGAGUUGAUUAAGUCAGGCAGAUUGGUGGCCGAGCGGACGCUCAUGAUUGGAGAUGUCUGCAAGGUUGACAUUUUAUUUGGCCACAAUUGCGGUUUCCAGACUUUAUUAGUUGGAACUGGUCAUAACAGUGCGUAUGAACUGGAUGAGGUGCUGCAAACUCCCGGUGAAAACCAACAUUAUUAUGUACCCGAUUUUUUCAUACCCUCAUUGGGAAAUUUAACAGAAUUAAUUUCCUAAUCUGCGUUUUUUUUGUGAAUAAAUUUUGAAGAAAUAU